AUGUCAGUCCUUCGGGAGACCUUCACACCAAGCCAGAAUAUCAUCAAAAAAGUGAAUGGUCAGAAGUUUGUGUACAAGUUUGUUUCUUAUCCGGAGAUUUUGAAUAUUGCUCCACUGAUGGUGGGCAGGAUUGAGGGAGACCCCGUGAUGGCUGGCUUUGCAGAAGUCAGCAGUGCUCCGAAGGACCUGGAAAACGGAGUGAAAGAGAAGUCCCAGACCUGUGCUAAAUCAUCCAGCCGCAAUGACUAUAUCCAUUCAGGCCUGUACUCUUCUUUUACUCUGAACUCCCUGAACUCCUCCGGUGUGAAGCUCUUCAGGUCGGUCAAGAUUGAGAAUCCAGCUGAGAAACUGGUGGAGAAAAAACCUGCUCAGGAUUUGACACCUUCAGUCAUAAAGUUUGUGACCAUGCCCUCCAAAAGGCCUGCAGUUGCACCCCUUGCCUCCACUCUUCCUACAGAAUCAGAAGAAACUCUCCAGACCUUGGAGACUCUAGUUCCACCAAAAUUAACUCCCACUGAAGCUCCAGCCCCUUUGCCAAACUUCACCACCACCUUCACCUCAACACCACCUGCAUCUUCCAUUUCUCCCACUCUGGAGGUUCCUUCCACACCCCCUUCACCACCCUUGAGUUCUAACCCUGACCUGGACAUUGACACGGACAUAGAGUCGGUGGCUUCUCAGCAGUUGGAGCAGUCUCAGAACCCUCAGCACCUAUCACCAGAGGCCAGAGAGCACGAUUUGUCUGUGCUAGAGAAGGAUCUUGCCAAUCACGUCUCCAGAGCUAAAAAACCCAAAGGGCUGGAGCUAGCUCCCACUCUUGUCAUUACAGGCAGUGAUCCAAGCCCACUGGGGAUACUAAGCCCUUCUCUCCCUACUGCUUCUCUUACUCCAGCAUUUUUUUCACAGACUCCCAUCUUGCUGACAGACGAGUGGUAUUUGAGCCACUCACUAAUUCUGAAAUCAGAGGUUUACCAAUACAAAGACCCAGACAAUCAGAUUUUGAUUUGUGUCUCAAAUAAUGAUGUCAGUAUGAGAGGUUCACUGAGUUUUGUCUUUCUAGUCAUUCUGCGAGACUCAGAUGAUUCCACCUUUCUACUGAUGUUAGACCAUCGCAGUUUGCUAGUCAGCCUCAGUGUGUGCGAGGAUAGCACAGUCGUCAGUAUACUGAAGAACACAGUGGAGGUCAUCCCAUCAUCAAGUAGCCUAAGAAUGCAAAUGAACUUCAAUGGACAACUGAACCUAGACAUCACCGUCCAUAACACUUCAUGA